AAAAAAAAAUAACAUCCUACCCGCUGGGGCCUAACCGUGUAGAAGUUACAGCCUAGACAGAGUCCGCGUAGCCGCCCCGAACCCAAGCAUUACUAUCUACACACUCCACUGUCCACAUGGGUUAUGAUUUAUUUGGAAUACAACUAUGUAUGAUAGAAACAUUGUGCACGAGUAACUAAUUCAUUCUUUAAUUUGAUUUUAAAUUUCGUGUACUCUGUCGGACCGAAACGUAACCGCGCAUGCGCAUGAGGUCAGAAAGCAUAAAAAAAAAAGGGGGGGGGCAUCUCGUGCACUACAUGUAGCGGCAUGAUAGAUUUCCUAACCUCUACAUAGUCGGCAACUUUAAAGCUAAAUAUCUCGGUUCGCGGGACAGAGCGACACUUUUUUAUGCCAGAUUCCUUCAUUUCACACAAAAAAUAGUCGAAUGAGCCUAAUUUCAUUAAAAUCGGUGAGGUCGACCGUCUCCUCCAUAAUUACCAAAGUAAUUAUGCCUCGUACAAAGAGAACUAGAGCAAAAAGUGACGAUUUGUCGAGCGAAAAAAAACUUAAACGAUCUAAUUCAAAUGUAAAUUAUAUGACACAAAUACAAACGACUUUAGGAAUUAAAAAGGAUAUAAAGGAACAUACAUCUGCCAUAUCUGAACCUGUUUCUGACAUGAAAGCAAAAGAAGAUACAAUUAAGCAUACCUCUAAGCCUGAUUCUAGUACAGAAGAAAAUGGAACUGCGGUUGGACACACGUCUACAAUAUCUGCAUUUAUUUCUGAUAGAUUGUUAUCGAUUGAACAAGAGCUUUGUACCAAAUUGCAAGAUAUUACUUUUCCACCAUCCAUACAAUAUAUUUACAAUCCACUCGAAUAUGCGUUUGAAACACAUGCCAUGUAUGUACACAAGUAUUGUACUGGCAUAAAAAAGAUCUUGUUCAUUGGUAUGAAUCCUGGACCAUGGGGCAUGUCGCAAACCGGUGUGCCAUUUGGAGAAAUAAAUAUGGUGCGCGAUUGGCUCAAAAUCUCUGGUCCUGUUGGCAAACCCUCAAAAGAACAUCCCGAACGAAAGGUGAUAGGAUUCCAAUGUACACGCAGUGAGAUUAGCGGACAAAGAUUGUGGGGCCUCUUUCGAGAUCUGUGUGGAAAUCCCGAGAACUUUUUCCGAUAUGCAUACAUACACAAUUAUUGCCCAUUGGCAUUCAUGGAUGGCAGAGCUCGAAACAUCACACCGGCAGAUAAAGAAAUAAAGGGUGAAGGACAAAGGAUUUUACAUGAGGCUUGUGACAAAUCCCUGCUGGAUAUAAUACAACUCCUAAAAGUAGAGAUCGUUGUUGGCAUUGGCAACUACGCCGAAAAAAGAGCACAGAUUGCAGUCCAAACAGGAGGUCUUCCAGUACAGGUGAUGGUUCUGCGACAUCCCAGUCCAAGAGUUGUAGGUAAUCAAAAUUGGAAUGAAACGGCUAAGCAGCGACUAAAUGAAUUGGAAUUACUUAAAUAUUUUGAGAAAGCAAGUACUGCUGUUUAA